CCUGUUUAAUUUGCAGUCUCCUCUUCUCUCUGCUCAUCAGGAAGCAAAGCUAAAGAACGAAACCCUCAUUUCCUUUUCGUAGAAAUUUCUCAUUACCGAAACAAGGACCCUAACGAUUUAAGGGAACAUUGGGCAAGAGAGACAGUUUAUGGAAUCACUGAGUUGAAUCGGCCGAGGAAAGAUCUAAGAGACUGCAGUGCGAAAACUACGCGCUAAAUGGGUGCUGCCGGCUCGAAACUCGAGAAAGCUCUGGGCGACCAGUUUCCCGAAGGCGAGCGAUACUUCGGACUCGAGAAUUUUGGCAAUACUUGCUACUGCAACAGCGUUUUGCAGGCACUUUAUUUUUGUGUUCCAUUUCGCGAACAAUUGCUGGAAUAUUAUGCAAAUAAUAAAAAUGUUGGGGAUGCUGAGGAGAAUCUCUUGACAUGCCUCGCCGACUUAUUUACGCAGAUAAGUUCACAGAAGAAGAAAACUGGUGUCAUUGCUCCAAAGCGCUUUGUACAAAGACUGAAGAAACAGAAUGAGCUCUUCCGAAGCUAUAUGCAUCAGGAUGCACAUGAAUUCUUGAAUUUUUUGCUAAAUGAACUUGUUGAUAUAUUGGAGAAAGAGGCUCAGGCUGCAAAAAGUGAUCAAGAAACAUCCUCACCUCCUGAGAAAAUUGCAAACGGGCCAAAGAAUCAUCUGGCAAAUGGUGUUCAAAAAGAGCCGUUAGUUACAUGGGUGCACAAAAAUUUUCAGGGAAUACUCACCAAUGAGACAAAAUGCUUGCGAUGUGAGACAGUGACGGCAAGAGAUGAAACUUUCUUUGACUUGAGCCUUGAUAUUGAACAGAACAGUUCCAUAACAAGCUGUUUGAAAAAUUUUAGUUCAACAGAGACUUUGAAUGCUGAGGACAAAUUUUUCUGUGAUAAAUGCUGCAGUUUACAAGAAGCACAGAAGAGGAUGAAGAUAAAGAAGCCUCCUCACAUCCUUGUCAUUCAUUUGAAACGAUUCAAAUACAUUGAACAACUGGGAAGGUACAAGAAGCUUUCUUACCGAGUCGUCUUCCCACUCGAGCUAAAGCUCAGCAACACAGUAGAAGAUGCAGACAUAGAAUAUUCACUGUUUGCCGUAGUUGUCCAUGUUGGGAGUGGGCCCAAUCAUGGACACUAUGUUAGCCUCGUGAAAAGCCAUAACCAUUGGUUAUUUUUUGAUGACGAAAAUGUAGAGAUGAUUGACGAGUCUGCAGUGCAGACAUUUUUCGGGUCAGCUCAGGAGUAUUCAAGUAAUACUGAUCAUGGGUACAUCUUGUUCUAUGAGAGUCUUGGUGCCAGUACCAAGAGCUGAGAAGAGGGGGAGGUGUUGAUUUUACAAGAGUAGGAAAUUCUAGUCAUUUGGACUCAAUUUUCCUUUCAUUUUCCAUCCAUGCUUUUCCGCCCUACCUUUCUAUCUUCUUUUCUGAAAAAAUCCGUUGGUGGAGCUCUCAAAUGCCAGUGAGAUGAUAUUGGUUGUGAAAAAUGUAUACUUAGGUGGUUGCUAUGUACAGUGGGAUGGUGGAAGCACACUGUCCUCUUCAUCUUUUUCUUCUUUUCCUUUUUUUUUUUUUUUUUUGGUCCUUUUUACUUUUUCACAAUAAGAUGAAAAAGAGCAGCAGUGUAUAUGUUGUGUCUGAAAAUUUCACAGCGACAGUUUGUAUUUUUACAUGGCCUAAAAUGUUUUUGACGCUAGAAACACGACGCAUAUGUACUUGUCCUAACUUUCUUCCCAGGCAAAUGAUUUCUCCAAGGCCUUGGUUAUGUAUUUUUGUACUAAUUAUUGCUUUCGAAA